AUGUGUCAAUCUUCAUGGCAUGAUUUUCUCCUUGGCCUUCCCAAGUGCGAGCACCACGUGCACUUGGAAGGCUGUCUCACCCCCGAGUUGAUCUUCCAACUGGCCGAGAAGAACCAGGUUCAACUGCCUGAUCCCAAGUCCGAGCCCGCCUACGAGUCUAUCGAGACAUUGACUCAAAGAUAUGGACACUUCUCGUCUCUGGACGACUUCCUCCACUUCUACUUCAUCGGCAUGUCCGUGCUCAUCCAAGAGUCUGACUUCGCCGAUCUGGCCUGGGCCUACUUCAAGAAGGCCCACGCGGACGGCGUGCACCACGCCGAGGUCUUCUUCGACCCUCAGGUGCACCAGGAUCGUGGCAUCCCAUACGAGACCAUCGUGGCCGGCUUUGUGGCCGGCUGCAAGCGUGCCGAGCAGGAACUCGGUCUCUCUACCCGCCUUAUCCUGUGCUUUGUUCGCCACCUCCCCGUCGAGUCUGCCAAGAAGACCUACGAGAAGAUCCUCGAGAACAACCACUUCCAGACUGAGGUGAUUCAUGGCCUCGGCUACUCUUCCUCCGAAGUCGGCCCCCCCAAGGACAUGUUCCGCGAGAUCUACCUGUCGGCGUCGGCCAAGGGCGUUCGUCUCACCGCUCACGCCGGUGAGGAAGGUGAUCCCACUUACAUCAGCGCUGCGCUGGAGAUGGGCGCGACGCGCAUUGACCACGGCAUCCGGCUCGUUGAAGACCCGGCCCUCAUGGAGCGCGUGGUUCGCGAAAGCAUCCUGUUGACUGUCUGCCCGCUGUCCAAUGUUCAGCUCAAGUGCGUGAAGUCGGUGGCGGAAGUGCCCAUCCGCAAAUUCCUUGAUGCUGGCGUCAAGUUCUCGCUCAACAGCGAUGACCCGGCCUACUUCGGUGGUUAUAUCCUAGACAACUACUGCGCCGUCCACGAGGCAUUCAAGCUCUCCGUCAAUGAGUGGAAGACUAUUGCCGUCAACAGUGUGACUGAGAGCUGGAUUGAUGAGGACCGGAAGAAGGAGUUGUUGCAGCGGAUUGAUGCCCACGUGGAGAAGUAUGCUACACUGGUAUAA